AGAACCGUGGAGAAAGUCGGCCAAAAUGCCCAGCGCACGUCAGAUCGCCGAGCGCGUUGACAUGCGUCCGGGGAAGUGUGUUGUAAAAGUACCGUUUGAUGCGAUCACAAGACAUGAAGGCGAGAAUGAGAAAAUAGAGAGAAAGGUAGAAAUAAAAACAAGAUGCUACCCAACAGGGAGAAUGUUUUCUGGCGAGCUUGUAAGAAGUUUUGUCCACCGUUGCUCAAUCAGUGUGGUGAGAUUUUCGGUGCGUAACAGACACAAAAGUUUCGUAGGGAACGGAUAAGAAAAUGACACGCUGGAUAUAUGCGUUGCUGAUCGUGGAAAGUGUUUUUCUCGCCGGAUGCUUUGGUGCGGGUGAUUUUGGAUUAGCGUACAGUGUGCCCGGGUUUGAUGCGAAUUUUCGCAGCAGCAUUGGGUCGGGCAUUGUGUCGAUCGUGAAGGCAAACGCCAGUUUGCUUAAAUACGAUGCUAGCCUCGAUCGCAGUGGUGUGACGACGGUGCUGUUCGAGGUAGCAAAUAACCUUACCUCACCGCUCAACAAACUGUUGGGCCACGUGGCAGCUACGUUUGGUGCGAACGGUACCGAUGCUUUGCAGGCGCUAAUGGAUGAAGUGCAAGCCACAGUAUUACCGACGAUUUCCGCACUCGAGCAGGCGGCGAACACAAUCCGUCCCCUGCAGGGGCUGAUACGAUCGAACCUGUUCGAUACACUCACCAACAAUGUGAGCACGGUUACGACCGAGAUUGGUACACUCGGUCGCAAUUGGCCACCGUUUGCGGAGGCGCUUAAAACGGUCAGCUCAUCCAACUCUACCUACAGCAGUGCAAACGUUUCCACGCUCAUCACUACCAGCAUGGUACAAUCGUUAACGUCCCCAAUAUUGCUGAUCAACUCGGCGCUCGCUGAUAUUGCUAGUGUGUACGGUACCGUAGCGAAGGAUCGCACCGCUGCCAUCGGGUACGAAACGGCCACCAACACCAGCAUGCAAAACGCGCUACAGGAUCUGUCCGGCAGUGUGACGCUUGUGAAUCGUACGUUGAUCGACACAGCCCGUCAGAUGGAACAGCAGACGAACGUAAGCGUACGUCUCGUGCGUGAGGGAUACAAUGCACUGUUUGUGCGUCUUACUGAUGUAAAUGAAACGACAAAAUUGAAAACUUUCCUCGAAAAGAUGGAAACCCAAGGAUUAGAACACAACAAACGUACCGGAGAAUUGUUGCGUGAUCUUGCCACCAAUUACAAGGAAAUAAUUCAAACCGCUGGUGCUGCGAUCGGAAACCGUAUGUUUGCUGCCACAGCGGCCCUUAUCGAUGAGGCAACUGUAAGCGACAAUAGUUAUGCUGACCGGUGCUUGCAGCGCUACAUCGGUGAUUUCCGCCAGGGAUUGUUCGCACCAACACGCUUAACCAGCUGCUAUCAGGUGGAUUCGCGCACGGUCGUAUAUGUCUCGUCCGCCAAUACAGCCUUCCUCGAGCAGCUACGCAAUACUGCUGUCUAUGGCAAUCAGGCACAAUCGGUGUGUGCCCAAGGUUCAACCAAUUGCACGACCGAGUACCUCGAACAGUUGGAUGGCUUUAGCAAGCAGAAUCAAGCUCGGUUCAAUGCGUUCGUUACGUUCCUGGGGGAAGAAAUGGUUGCCUUAGGCGAACGGUAUGACGCUUGCACAAAAGCGAUCCGGGCGGACAUUGAGUAUCUGGUGGAGCUGACGAAGCAAAAGUUUAGAAACUGUUUCCUCACCGGAAGAUAGUGGAAUGCAUGGAAGUGAAUAAAAGAUAAUUAUAUAUAGCGCUUCGUUUGUCUUUUGUGUUGUUUUAUCGAAUGGGAAAUUUUCUUGUCACCUGUAGGAAAAAAUUACUUAUGGGAAACAAUUAUACUUUCUCAGGGCAAAAGCUUAGAUAAGAUCAGGCUAUGUUUUAAAUGGAAGAAAUUUAGCUAUGAAUGGAGAGAUGCAAACAAACAUCAAGCGAUACUUCUCGUCGUAAAAGGGCCUGAGAUUGAAAUUUGAAUUAUAUUACUGAUUAGGGGUUUAAAAUUAGUUAAUCUUAUCUGGUUCUUAAAACAAUGAGGAAGAUGAUUCCAAAAAGCAUGUGAAUUUAUUUUUUUUGGAAAGAAAUUCGUUAUGUAUUGUGUAUUGUGAUCAACUAAUUGUAUAGUCAAAAUUACUUCUCUUACCAAAAAAAAGUUCUCAAUAGAAACG